CGUGACCCGGAAGUUAUUCUUUCCUUAACUUGAUUCAGUCUUGCGGACGUUAACGAUCAAGCAAGGAUAAUGAAAUAGUACAAAUAAUGUUAAUGUUAAUGUUUGGGGCCGAUCGGUGUACAUCUGCAGUUGGAGCCUCUAAAUUUGAGGCUUUUGUUAAGGGAUUUUGUAUUGUUUUAUGAUGGCUUCAGGGUUAUGUCACACAUUAAUUUCACCCUGCACUGUAUGCGAAUUUACUGCAAGAAAACACUCGGAGUCAGUGACUUCCGGGUCACACAAAUCGAACAAAUUAGAUAUCAAAAUAAAGUUCGUUUCGUUUUCUCAUUUCCUAUUUUUGAUCUGAGCGCAAAAACGAAAGUUAACAAGUCAUUGCUUGUUUUGUUGUCAGACUAAAAGACUAAGGGAACAGUGAAAUAACGAACAUUUUCGCUUUUGGAUUCUCACUUAAAUGUGGCAAGGCUCAAAUGUCACAGAGGUACAACCAGAAGUGACUAUUUUGUACAUUAUCUGCUUUAAAUAACGAUGUAAAUAGUCCUCUUUCAUAUUCAUGGGAAUGAGUGGCGGGUUUAACUUCGGGCAGCCCUCUACGGGUUUCACUUUUGGAGCUCAGAAGACUACACCUGCAGGCUCUGGAUGGGGCUUCACCUUUGGCUCUCCCACCCAGGCCAACUCCAAUUCUACUGCCGCUUUUAGCUUUGAUACAGCAAAGAGCACAGCAGCCGGCAAAGGAUUCUCUUUUGGGACCCCCACCACCUCAUUUGGUCUGGGUUCAACUUCUCAAACCACAACAGCAACAGGGUUGACCUUUGGCUCCAUGGCAGCUCCACCUGCAGGGUCAGGAUUUACCCUGGGUGGUGGUUUGUGCACAAAGACCACCACUGCUGGUCCUGGAGGAGGGGGCUUCAACUUUGGCAUCUCCACCCAGGCCAGCUCCAACUCUACCAGCUCUUUUAGCUUUGGCACCCCAAUGAAUAGCAUAGCUGCCGGCAAAGGAUUCUCUUUUGGGCCCCCUACCACCUCAUUUGGUCUGGGUUCAACUCCUCAAACCACAACAGCAGCAGGGUUGACCUUUGGCUCCAUGGCAGCUCCACCUGCAGGGUCAGGAUUUACCCUGGGUGGUGGUUUGUACACAAAGACCACUGCUGCCACACCUGCAGGAGGGGGCUUCACCUUUGGCAACUCCACCCAGACCAGCACCAACUCUACUGGCACUUUCAGCCUCAGCACCCCCAUAAAGAACAGAGCAGCCAGCAAAGGAUUCUCUUUUGGGACCCCCACCACCUCAUUUGGUCUGGGUACAGCUCCUCAAACCACAACAGCAGCAGGGUUGACUUUUGGCUCCACAGUAGCUCCAGCUACAGGGUCAGGAUUCACCCUGGGCAAAGGUUUAUCCACACAGACCACUGCUGCCAGUCCUGGAGGAGGUGGUUUCAACUUUGGCUCUCCCACCCAGGCCAACUCUAACUCUACCAGCACACUUAGCUUCGGCACCCCCGUAAAGAACAGAGCAGCCAGCAAAGGAUUCUCUUUUGGGACCCCCACCACCUCAUUUGGUCUGGGUACAGCUCCUCAAACCACAACAGCAGCAGGGUUGACUUUUGGCUCCACAGUAGCUCCAGCUGCAGGGUCAGGAUUCACCCUGGGCAAAGGUUUAUCCACACAGACCACUGCUGCCAGUCCUGGAGGAGGUGGUUUCAACUUUGGCUCUCCCACCCAGGCCAACUCUAACUCUACCAGCACACUUAGCUUUGGCACCCCCGUAAAGAACAGAGCAGCCAGCAAAGGAUUCUCUUUUGGGACCCCUACCACCUCAUUUGGUCUGGGUUCAACUCCUCAAACCACAACAGCAGCAGGGUUGACCUUUGGCUCCAUGUCAGCUCCACCUGCAGGGUCAGGAUUUACCCUGGGUGGUGGUUUGUACACAAAGACCACUGCUGCCACACCUGCAGUAGGGGGCUUCACCUUUGGCAACUCCACCCAGACCAGCACCAACUCUACUGGCACUUUCAGCCUCAGCACCCCCAUAAAGAACAGAGCAGCCAGCAAAGGAUUCUCUUUUGGGACCCCCGCCACCACAUUUGGUCUGGGUACAGCUCCUCAAACCACAACAGCAGCAGGGUUGACUUUUGGCUCCACAGUAGCUCCAGCUGCAGGGUCAGGAUUCACCCUGGGCAAAGGUUUAUCCACACAGACCACUGCUGCCAGUCCUGGAGGAGGUGGUUUCAACUUUGGCUCUCCCACCCAGGCCAACUCUAACUCUACCAGCACACUUAGCUUCGGCACCCCCAUAAAGAACAGAGCAGCCAGCAAAGGAUUCUCUUUUGGGACCCCCACCACCUCAUUUGGUCUGGGUACAGCUCCUCAAACCACAACAGCAGCAGGGUUGACUUUUGGCUCCACAGUAGCUCCAGCUGCAGGGUCAGGAUUCACCCUGGGCAAAGGUUUAUCCACACAGACCACUGCUGCCAGUCUUGGAGGAGGGGGUUUCAACUUUGGCUCUCCCACCCAGGCCAACUCUAACUCUACCAGCACACUUAGCUUUGGCACCCCCGUAAAGAACAGAGCAGCCAGCAAAGGAUUCUCUUUUGGGACCCCCACCACCUCAUUUGGUCUGGGUUCAACUUCUCAAACCACAACAGCAACAGGGUUGACCUUUGGCUCCAUGGCAGCUCCACCUGCAGGGUCAGGAUUUACCCUGGGUGGUGGUUUGUGCACAAAGACCACCACUGCUGGUCCUGGAGGAGGAGGCCUCAACUUUGGCAUCUCCACCCAGGCCAGCUCCAACUCUACCAGCUCUUUUAGCUUUGGUACCCCAAUGAAUAGCAUAGCUGCCGGCAAAGGAUUCUCUUUUGGGACCCCCACCACCUCAUUUGGUCUGGGUUCAACUCCUCAAACCACAACAGCAGCAGGGUUGACUUUUGGCUCCACAGCAGCUCCACCUGCAGGGUCAGGAUUUACCCUGGGUGGUGGUUUGUACACAAAGACCACUGCUGCCAGUCCUGGAGGAGGUGGUUUCAACUUUGGCUCUCCACCUUGACCAGCACCAACUUUACCAACACAUUUAGCUUUGGCACCCCAGCGAAAAGCACAGUGGCUGGCAGAGGAUUCUCUUUUGGGACCCCCACCACCACAUUUGGUGUGGGUCGUAAAACCACAGCAGCAGCAACAGCCACAGAGGUUGACUUUAGGUUUCACAGCCGCUCCAGCUGCGAGGUCAGGGUUCACACGGGGUGGCAACUUGUAAUUCCCAUAUAUUUCUGUGUAGCAAUUAGUUUGUGGCAACAAAUAUGUUUAAGUUUCACCACUACAGUAGAGCUACAAUUGAAGAUUACUUUUAUCAACUAAUCUGCCUAUUAUUCUCUCAGUGAUUGUUCAAAUGUCAGAAAAUGUGAAAAUGCCUGUUAUAUUUUCCAACAGUCUGAGCUUUCAUCUUCAGGCUUGUCUUGGCUAACCAACAGUCCAAAAACCAAAAAUGAUCAGUUUAUUAUGCUUUGCAAAGAAAAGCAGGAGUUCCUUACAUCUUAAAACCAAAAACAACAAAUAUUUGGCACUUUUCCCCAAAGAAUAUUAAAAGCGUAGUUGCUGAUGAUGCCGAUUGACUAAUUAAUUAAUGCAUUAAUUGUUGCAGCUCUACUCUUAAACAUGAUAGCAACUGAAAUAGCUCAUUUUUACCUGGCCCUGAAGUCCUGUUUUGCUGGUUUGAUUCUUUGGUACAAUUUGUGUUCAAUCACACUACGAAAACUAACCCACCGAAAAGCAAUGGUUUCCAUUUUUCCAGUUCAGUCUUAUUUUUUGGUGUCACUAGUGGGUUCAGUGCUGUGUGCCACACACAGCAUGCCCCCUAUAGUUUUUAUUUUGUGUGCAAAAGUGCUCUUCUCAAAUGAAAAGUCAAAACCACCUGGAUAGAGCUUAUUGUCUUAUCUGGCUGAAGAAAUGUCUUAAAUCAGUGGUUCCCAACCUAGGAUUCUGGGCUCCACAAGGGGUCAAGCGUUGAAUAUAAAGGGUCACCAAAUGACUAUCAAAGGAGGAUAAAACAAUAACAUUUAGCUGUUCUGUUCUCCUGUCUUUACAUUUUUGUUGUGAAAUACUGUACAGUUUCCUCUGAAAUGCCAAAUUAAACAAUGUGUGAGGGGAAAGCAA